GACUUGUUAAGAUACAAAUCCGACCAUAAGAGAGGUCUGAAGUACACGAUCAUGGUUGUUGGUCCCUCCGGUACCGGGAAAACCACGUUUGUCAAUGCCCUGUUAGAUACCCAGCUACUCCCCUUCAAGUACCAACCUCUCAGUACAAUUACAAACGAGCCACAGGUGAUGAGCUUUGUUGGCGGAUCGAGCUACAGCUUUGACUCGAGAGAGUUCAAUCCGAAGCAGGACUUCUCCGAGUUCACGAUUGCCAUUACGAAGUCGUCGAUGGAGAUUGUCGAUGAGGACGGUGCGAAGAUCCAGCUCUCCGUCGUUGACACCCCUGGAUUUGGAGACAACGUUGAUAAUGAGAUGUGUUUUGGAGAGAUUGUGCAGUAUCUGCAACAGCAGUUUGACCAUGUGCUUGCAGAGGAGACCAGAAUCAGAAGAAACCCAAGGUUUGAAGACACCAGGGUACACAUCUGCUUGUACUUUAUCGAGCCAACUGGACACGGUCUUAGAGAAUUAGAUGUGGAGUGUAUGAAGAAGUUGUCGAAAUACGUCAACGUGCUGCCUGUUAUCAGCAGAGCUGACUCGUUCACAUCGCUGGAAUUGGAGGCUUUUAAGAAGAACAUCUUGUAUGACAUUGCAAAGUUCAGCAUUCCCGUGUUCCAAUUUGGGUAUGACGAGGAAGAGGACGAUGAGGAGGUUAUCAAGGAGAAUACGGAGCUGAAAUCCAUACAACCAUUUGCCAUUAUGGGCAGUAAGGAGAAACUUAACGUCAAUGGCCAGCUGAAAUACGCUAGACAGUAUCCAUGGGGUGUCGUUGACGUUGAGACCGAAUCUGACUUCAAUCGGCUGCUGGGCGUUCUUUUUGGUUCACAUUUGCAAGACUUUAAAGAUCUGACGAUGAACUUCUUGUACGAGAACUAUAGAACUGAUAAGCUGUCAUCGGUGACGGAGAGCGAAUCCCAGCAAUUCGACGCCGGCAACCCUUCUCUCUCCAACUUGGCUGCGUUGACUCUGGAGGACAGUAAGAGUGGUGGGUCUGGUGAAGUCAGCACACCAUCUAUGAAAUCGACGAGCUCCUUCAAACCGGAUGACCAAGGGUCCCCAAUCAAGGAGAUUGGCGAAUCUAUAAAACACGAGAACGAAUCUAUCAUCAACAACAUCAAGAAUUCACCAAGGGUGCCUUAUUCUCCGGACCCUUCAAGAAAUAAGCUGAGGGUAAUGAGCGAAACCGUUCCAUAUGUGUUGAAACAUGAGAGUAUCAUCUCAAGACAACAAAGGCUACAAGAACUGGAGGAGAAGUCCGCACGAGAACUGGCCAUCAGGGCAGCUGCUCUGGAGAAGAAAGCUGCUGAGUUGAAGAGAAGGGAAAAGAUGCUG